AUGUCGGACGCAAAGAAGGACGGGGUCCAGGCAGUGACGCCUCGUGAUGCCCACACGGCUACAUCGACAACUGCGCCGUCCCAGCCGGCACUUGCGGCGUCAGGCAUGCAUGCUAUUUCGACAAUGCUGAACCAUCCACGCCGCAAAGCGGCACCUAUUAACCCCAGUGCGGCCAAGCUUCCACCAGUAGGACCGAGUCAUCAUGCGCCGCCAGCCCUGCCGAGCGUCGACACACGUAUGUUGGACGAUUAUACGGAAACGCAUGCGGCAGUGUGGGCCAAACUGGCGAAGGAACGUGCGUCGGUACGUGCACAGACAGCGCGGGAGAAGCAGGAUGCCCAGAGCGGUGCGACAACAGAGCCCGCCUCGUCCAAGCGCCUGCCGCCCCUCAGCACAGUCCCGCAAGUGUUUUUCUCCGCCGACUUUGAUUUGGCCCAGCCCUAUACAUUUGAUCUUGUCACAGAACGAUACAAGCAGUCCACAGCGCUGGGAGCCGAUCGGGCAUCGAAUGGAUCUCAGUAUGGUAUUGUCCUGAAUCAGAUGCUGCAAGAGAAACUGAGCUACUAUUCAGACGUCAUCGAGCAGCACUUGGUCGUCGAGAUCGGCGCGAAAAGUGCGUCGUUUUUCGAUGCCCUGGAGACGCUGGAGCAGCUUCAAGCGGAUGCUACGCAGUGUCUUGCACAGACAGAGCGUGUGACGCAGCAUUUGGACAACGUGGAGACGUUUGUGCAGGAUCGACAAGCUGUCGCGGCACACCAGCGUGACCGCAAGUGCUUGGAAGUGCAGCGUGAUGUGCUGGCGCGUGUACAUACACUGCUGGAGCGUCGUGAUCUUUUGCAGCUGUCUGUCCAGCAUGGUGAAUACGAUAACGCGAUGACAUUGCUCGAUGAUAUACGGGCUGCAUUGCAAACAGACACGUACCUGGCACGUCUGCAAGCACUGCAGACGAUCCCUACUGAGCUGGAGGCGGCGCAGGAGACCAUGUCAGAGGCCUUAUUGCAGACGUGGCUGCAAACGCUCGAGCUUAUGCUGGUCACCUCGAGCCGCGAUACCUCGGUAUGUAUGCCCGCUACAGAUGCCUCCCUGGACUCUCUCUUGCCGAAAGAGAUGCCGACGAAGGCCACCAUUCCGUCGGAGCUGCCGCCUGUGUGGACAGUACUCCGACGAUGCCAGGGUAUAUCGUCGGCGUUGGCGGCCCAUGCGCAAAGAGUCCCUGACUUGCUCGAGCGCUUGGUCCAGGAGGCAGCCGAGAAGCAAUCAAUCGAGGCCUGGGCCCGUCCUUCCGCGACAUCUACCUCGAUUGCGGAGGUGACAUGGCCUACGUUCUUUGCUGGCCUCGCGCCGGCGUUGCACGUCUUGUGGCACGUGGCGCAGCAGAUCCAGCAUGUCCAUGCGAUGGCCGCGAGUCUGACGACCGAGUAUGCCACAGAGACCAGUGCGUUGGACACAGCGACCCAGGCCAUGUGGACCGCGUGUGAGCGCCUGGUCGUGAAACUGAUCACACCGCGGCAUGCGCAACUAUCGAAACUAUCGCUCGAUGCGUUUGUCGUGUACUUCCAACUUACGUGGUGCAUGGCACAGCGUAUCGAGACGGCCGCAGGGCGCCCCAGCGUGACGCUACGUAGCUGUUUGCUGGGCGAGGCGAAGUCGUUCUUGUCGUCGUUCCACCGGCAGCGUAUCGAGAAGGCCGUCAAGGCGGUGGAAGACGAUGUAUGGGCACCUGCGCCUGUAUCUGGGGCGCUGCAAGCGCUGGUAGAGCAGCUGCAAAAGAUGGAUGACGGGGACGAGGCGUACCGUAUCCCAUGGACUUACCCGCCACCGAUGGAACCGAGUCAGGACACAGCCAAGGACGACACAGAGAAUGCCACGCGGCAGCUGCGGGUGGGAGACACGUCGUUCUUUGUCGUGCGGGCUAGUGGGACAGUGAUUACGCUGCUCUGCGACUAUGUACGAGUGAUGGUCAACGUGCCUCUCUUUACGGCAGAGACGUUGGGAUGGAUGCUGGAGUUCCUCAAGCAGUUCAAUUCACGGACGUGCCAAGUCGUGUUGGGCGCCGGAGCAAUGCGCAGUGCGGGAUUGAAGAACAUCACAGCACGGCACUUGGCGCUCGCCGCCCAAUCGCUUUCGCUGAUGUUGGCGCUGAUUCCAGCUGUGCGAACAUGUGUGCAGCGCCACUUGCCUGCGACGCAGGCCGUGCUGUUGCAAGACUUUGAUAAGCUGCAACGUGACUUCCGGGAGCAUCAGUACGAAAUCCACGCGAAGCUGGUGGCGAUCAUGAGCGAUCGCGUACACAUGCACAGCAAAUCGCUCUUGCAGCUGGAUGCUACGUCGCUGGCGUCACCAUCGCAGCCGAUCGCGGAUCUGUGCCGCGAAACAGGUACGCUGCAUCGUGUUAUGACGCAGUACUUGGAUGCAUCGGUGGUCGAUACGCUCAUGCGCCAAGUCGCUGCAGAAAUCGAUACGCGAAUCGCUCAUACCCUGGCUAUGGCCGACGUACGUACCCAAGACGUCCAUCGUCGCUGGGGCUCCGAUUUGGACUACUUGGGCGAGAAAGUGCGGGCGAUGUGGACGGGCUGGCAAGGGGAGAAAACGCACGAAGCCUGGCUGGCAAAGAAGCCACGUGCGUCCAUGGAGGUACGCCGCGAGGCAUCGACGCCGCCGCUGGCGUACAAGGCCCGUCGGCCUGUCGGCCAGCGGCCUGCUGCCACACAGUCGCCAAGCUUGGAAGCCAUGGAGUCAUUCCAGCCGCCUUUUGCUACACCACCUACGCCUAACGGCAAGAAACCCACGGCAGAGAUGCCCGUUCUUACGAAGCCAAUGCCGCCGACGCCGUCAGGAACACCGCCCCCGGUGCUACCUCCCACUUUGAUGCCGGAGAACAAGCAAGCGCCAACACCCACGCCUGAGGAUGGCCAUGUACAAGCAGCCCGCACGUCAGAGUCCAACGAGGCCUUGGCGACCACCGAGGAGGCAGAGCAGCCACCUAGCUGCACACCUACGAACGAGGACGCCCCUGCCUCGUCGAAGGCGGCCACGGCCACGGCGACACCCCCCGAAAUGCCUAUGACUAGCGAAGAGGCAAUGAAGGAACGCUCAGUAUCGCCAGAGGCACCCCCACCUCUGCCUGCCAAGAUCAGCAUGCCACCGCCAGCGUCUGUGCCGACGCCGACACCGACAAAAGAGGCCACACCAGCGCCUGUACCACCCAAGACCAAGACGCGCAUGUCGCUAGAACAGCGAUUGGCCGAGGCGGCGAAGCGACGUGGCUUGCAACGUGCUCAGAUGCAGCAGCAGCAGCAGCAGCAGGCGGCCUCCUUGGAAACCAACGUGCCUACACAGUCUUCGCCUAAGAGCCCUGAAAGCCCAUCCAAAGUCAAACUGUCUUUGGCCGAGCGAUUGGCCUCUGCAGCCAAAGUGGAAAAGAGCCCACGCAAAUUGUCUCGUGACAAUGGACCGGCAUUGUCGGUUGACAGUGCAGACGGUGCGGCGAAGGAUAAGGACCACCGUGGCCGACCAAGUGUCGAGGAAGCUGGACAAGAGGGAGAGACGCCUUCGGUAUCAGCAGAGGUGCCCAUGGCAGUGGAGAAAGUUUCAACGGCCUCUCUGCCUAUGCGCAGAGACGAGGGCGAAGCCGCAGACGAGGCUGAUGGACAGGGCAAGGAUACCCAGGCUAGCAAGCAAGACGACACGCCGAACAAGGAAGAGCAUGCUGCCGCGAGCCAGACGAAAGACGAGGAGGUUAGUGUACCUGUGAAUAUGGAGGAGCCGACGGGCGUAGGACAAGGUGACGUGGAGACUACGGCUGAGGAAGAAGCAGAGGUCCAGCCAGAAGCAGAAAGCAAGCCCAACGCUGAGGUGGAGGCAGAAGCAAAAGCCAAAGCGGAGAAGGCGAAGGCGAUGGCGGAUGAAGAGACUCUAGCGAAAGCAGAAGCAGAAGCGAAAGAGAAGGAGGAGGAGGAAGCGAAGAUGAAAGCUGAAGAGGCCAAGGCGGAUGAAGGGGCUAAGGCGGAACCUGAAGCCAAGGCUAAAGCAGAAGAAGAGGCCAAAGCAAAGGCUGAAGAAGAGGCAAAGGCGGAAGCUGAAGCAAAAGCUAAAGCUGAAGAGGCCCAGGCUAAGGCGAAGGCGGAAGAAGAGACCAAAGUAAAAGCUGAAGCUGAAGCCAAGGCCAAGGCCGAAGCCGAAGCCGAAGAAGAGGCAAAGGCAAAGGCUGAAGCCAAGGCCAAGGCCAAAGCAAAAGCAAAAGCAAAAGCGGAAGCCAAAGAAGAGGCCAAGGACAAAGCCGAAGACGCCACGGCUAAGGCGGAAGAAGCGGAAGCCAAGGCAAAAGCAGAGGCCAUAGCCAAAGUCGAGGCCAAGGAGGAAGACCAAGGCAUGUCGGCAGAAGCCAAGCCUCAGCCGGAAGAGCAUACCGUGCACGAUCCUUCCCAGCAAGGGGAGGCCGCCGCCAACGUCGAUGCGACAGCGCCGACCAUCGACGCGCCCGUCAAGGACGAUGCGGCCUCCGCGUAA